AUGCACCGGAUCGAGGUUUCUCUUUCAUAUAGGAAAUCUGUACUAAAUACAUAUUACAUUGGGCAUGUGUGUUGCGCCAUUGAGUCGGAUAUCAUAACGUAAAUGGAAGGGAGAUAACCACAGCAUUAUAAGUGGUUUUUGUCAUCAUAUUUUGUGAACUGUGGUGGACUUUCUUUGGAAUAUAUAUAUACUGGUUAUCAGAAAUUGAAAUAACGUCAGACCGAUAGAGCUCGAAAGGCCAAGAUGUCGGGAGGAGGAGAAUCAGUCAAAGUAGCCGUGAGGGUACGACCUUUCAACUCAAGGGAAAAAGAAAGGGGGGCAAAAUGUUGUGUGGAGAUGUCCGGUGCCACCACCAAGAUGUACAAUCCUGAAGCCCCAAAGGAUGAACCCAGAUCUUUCACAUUUGAUCACUCAUAUUGGUCCCAUGAUGGCUUUACAGAAGAUGAAGAAGGCGUUCUGCACGGUGUACCAGGCAGUAACUACGCAUCACAACAGAACGUCUUUGAUAACCUGGGGCAGGGUGUCUUAGACAAUGCUUUCAAAGGUUUCAACUGUUCACUAUUUGCCUAUGGGCAAACUGGGUCUGGCAAGUCAUAUAGUAUGGUUGGAUAUGGAAAAAACAAAGGUAUUGUACCUAUCACAUGCGAUGCCCUCUUCAAAACCAUAGAAGCUUCUACUACAGAUACAAAAUAUGAAGUCACAUUUUCCAUGUUGGAGAUCUACAACGAGCAGGUGCGUGAUCUGCUCCAGAAGAUCAACCCCAAGGGUGGUCUACCUGUUCGGCAGAACCCCAAGGAAGGCAUCUUCUAUGUCCAAAAUCUCAAGAAGGCUGCCGUAGGGAGCUAUAAAGAGAUCGAGAGGAAGGUCGACGAAGGUACAGCAAACAGGACCGUAGCAGCCACACAGAUGAAUGCUACAAGCAGUAGAGCUCAUACUGUUAUCACCAUCACAUUCAAUCAGAUCAGUAAGAAUGAUGUCGGGCAGGAGACCAAGAAAACCAGUGUUAUCAACCUGGUGGAUUUGGCUGGUAGUGAAAGGGCAGACUCCACGGGCGCUACAGGAGACAGGUUAAAAGAAGGUGCAAAUAUCAACAAAUCUCUAUCAGCUCUUGGCAAUGUUAUCUCGGCUUUGGCUGAUCUCUCAAUGGGUAAGAAGAAGAUAAUGGUUCCGUAUCGUGACUCCGUCCUUACCAAGCUACUUCAGAAUGCUCUGGGUGGUAACAGUAAAACCAUUAUGAUUGCUGCCCUGUCGCCUGCUGAUAUCAACUUUGACGAGACCAUAGGAACCCUGAGGUACGCCGACCGUGCCAAGAAGAUCAAGAACAAGGCCGUGGUGAAUGAGAACCCGGUGGAGAAGCUCAUCCGAGAGCUGAGGGAGGAGAAUGAGAAACUGAAGAAGUCUCUUGGAGGAGGAGUGAUGGCGAUGGAGGGAUCAGCUGGAAUGAGCCCAGAAGAAAUUGAAGCAAUGAAGAAGCAGAUGGAGGAGGAGAUCAGAGCACAGCUCAUGGCUAACCAGGAAGCAAUGUCAGAUAUGGAUUGGGAUUCAAGGUUACAACAAACAAGAACGGAACAUGCAGCUGAUGACGGGGAGCGUGCCAUGCAGGAACAACGCAAGAACAAAGAAUCCCACUUUGCCAACCUCAAUGAGGAUAAUGUUCUGAGUGGUGUCAUCUUGCAUUUCUUGGGUGCCAGCGAGACGACGAUUGGUAGGAAAGAUGCUAGCCCUGCACCAACCAUCCCACUCAGUGGUCUCAGUAUUCAGAAACAGCAUGCGCUGGUGAAGAAUGAGAAUGGUGAUAUCUCCAUCAAGCCAGCGACAGCGGGGGCAAAGGUCAAAAUCAAUGGUAUGCCUCUGGUAGGGGAGAGGAUCCUGUCCCAUCUUGACAGAGUCAUGUUCGGUUCUAAUCAUCUGUACAUCUUCAAGAACCCCUCGAAGCCUCAGCCUGGAGAGGGAUCCCCAGCUACUGUUGAUUGGGAUUUCGCUCAGAAGGAGCUGGCUCAGGCUAAAGGGUUCAACACAAACACCAGUGGACUCAAUAAAGACCAACAAAGGGCCCAGGACCAGAUCCUGGAACUGCUUCCCAUGGUGAAUGAAGUGAAUGCUGUUAAUGAAGAACUCAAUAAGCACAAGAACUUUGAGAUUGUGCUCAUCAGCGGGGCUGCACAAGACGGUCCUAACAAAGAAACAAAGGUUAUGGUGAAGAUGACAAGUCUUCUCAAUGGCAAUGAAUGGCUCUGGGAGAGAGGCAAAUUCAUCAACAGAAGAUAUGUUAUCCAGGACAUGUAUCAGAGAUAUCUUGAUGGAGACGACGAUGUCCUCACGCUACCCAAAGAAGAAGAUCCUUUCUGGGAACCUCCUGAAGAUGUUCUCAUCGGCACUUCUAAUGUCUUCCUGCAGAGUCUCUCCUAUGCCUUAGACUUUGACGAUAAGGUCGUCAUUACUGAUUUCAAGGGUAACGAACAAGGAUACCUGGUUGUGAGUAUAGCCCCCUGUAACCAGGCUGGGAAAGCUCUCCCUGAUGAUGAGUUUGUUGACGAUCCUUCAGAACUACUUGGAAAACCAUACCACAUCAAGGUCGUGAUCCGAUCGGGUGAGAUCAACAAGUCUCGCUUCUCCAGAGGCACCCAUGUCAAGUACCGGUUCAUGCAGGAGCCCGACCACACUGCCACGCCCGUCGUCAAGGAUACGUUGUCUCCGGAGUGGAAGCACAGUAGAGUGGUCUCCAUUCCUGCCGUCGAUCAGACCCACUUGGAUUUCUUUGACUCGCAGAGCAUCUCCUUCCAGAUCUAUGGACAACAGGUCGACUCCGAUCCCGACCCUAACCUCACCAAACUCACCACAAAGGAGCUACGCCAGAUGAAGCAAUUGAAUGACGGAGGAAGCGGAGGCCUUCAACGUACCAUGUCUGUGACAGAGAAAGAUGAGUUAGCUCAGAUCAAGAGUGAAUUGGUACUCCUCAAGAAGAAACAUGAGAGACUGGAGAAGAAAGAGAGGAGAUUACAGGACAUUUGCAAGGAGUGGGAGGGGAAGCCCCCUGAAGAGCAACAAUUUGCUCCCUUUUUCAGGUCUAUCUCGGCGGUAGCAAACUCCACCGGCCAGAAACUCAAAACCAGAGUCCAGAUGCUGAAUAAGAUGAUGUCUGCGCAUAAUUAUGUCCGCAACAAGGCAGCAAACGGAGGUGCUAAUAAUAACGAGGACACAGUUAGCGUUUACAGUUUUGAGCUAGACCCUGACCAUAAAAUGCAACCUGCGUCAAACAAAUCUACGAAGGUCACCAACGGGCCUUCUAGGAUUUCACCAGCCAAAGUCCAGGCUCCUACAUCGCCAGCAGACUCGAACGGGAAUACCAAAUUGCCAGUCCCAAACGAUGGAAGCGACAAAAAAGCUGAUCUUAUGCAACUGCAGAAUGGAGCAGGACCAGGGAAUUCUGGGACGGUCGUGAGGACAAACAACAAAGGGGAGAAAGUAGAGGGCGGUAGCAAGGCAUGUAUCGUCAUGUAAUUUCCGUCAGCUUGCAGAACAUACCAUGGGAUAGUAUAAAUAUAAUUAAAUGGAAUAACUGUGGUGUCAUUCAUACACCAUCGAUUUAGACAUGGACUAGUGAGGCUAUUUUAAAGAGAUAUUUUAAAGAACUCUGCCUUGCAAUUGUAUGACAUGACAAAACACGACUUUCAGUUUGAUUGGUAAAAUGAUGUAAACAGUUAUGGGCCCUGUAACAUAACAAUUGACUCAACUGUUUAUCAUAGCUUAAUAUAUUCUGUGAUAUCUCUGUGAGUAUAUAGACAGUAUAUUCAUAUGAUAUGAUUUUAUUUGCCAUUGAUUCUCAAUGUAAGAGCUUUUCAUAUAUUUCAUCAUACAUUUUUGUUUUCUGUUCAAAUUUUGAUUAAAUUCAAAUCAGCAUUUAUUUUCUUUAAAAUUUUGACAAGGAAACUGCUAAACUUUCAAAAUGAUGUUUAAUCACAUUAUAAAAUUGUAGAAUCCAGAAUUAAAAUUAAGGUAAUACUCCAUGGCCUGUCGAAUGGAUUAUGUGUGCUAUAAACCAUUGAAGGGAAUCUUAAUAUACAGAGCACCUACGGUACUGCCAUGAAUGUAAAGGUGAGCAUGCUAUACAUGAGCACCCAUUAUCAAAAUGUUAAGUUAAGUAUGUCUUUUUGCUACACUUCUUUUAAGGUCAAAUAUCCUAAAUUGUUUCAAGAUUUGAUAACUCAAAAGCCUGUGUAGUUAAAGGGAAAUUAUGUUGUAAAUACAAUUGUUAUUUCAUGUGCUAAAAAUGUUAGCAAACAUUCAUGUAGAGAGAUAUUUUAUAUCAUGAUAAGGAUGUAUCUGUAUAUUUGGUCACCUACAGAAAUAUUAUUUAUGACAUUGCAUAUCAAUGGAAGUAAGAAUCAAUAUACGCAAAUUCAAUAGGUAUAGAGCAAUCAUUGCAUGACUUCUCUCGUGUGCUAUAGGGGGAUUUUUGGAUAUAGCUAGCUUAGGUAACCCUCUAGCUUUUAAAGUAAUGUGCAUCUCUGUAUCACAAUGUGCUAAGAAAAUGCACAGAGAAAAGAAUGAUGUCCAGCUAGGGCAUUCUUGGGCAGAGCCUAUUGUUUAUUCCAUACAAAAACGAAAUACAACCUAUCUUGUGAAAAAUAACAAAAAGUAAUGAAUUUCAUAUAUUACUUACUGGAAGUUAAUUAUUUGAGUUUCAUGUUUGAAUAUUAGCUAUGCAAAUAUGCAAUAUAUUUCCAUGAGAUGUACAAUAUUUGUCUGUGCUACAGAAUAUAGAUGGUAAAACCUAUGCUGUAUAUUUUGAUAUAGAUUAGUGUAUAUGAUGUGACAAAUUAAAUAUAAAAUUAUAUACCGGUAUGAUAGAUUUGAAUAUAAAUUUCUCAGGUGGCAGAGACCAUAUUCAUUUAGCACCUGUAUUUAUAUAUUUAAAUUUACAAACUUCAAGGUUGCCUUUGUAUAAAUUCAGUCAAACUUGUGAUUUCUGGUUGAGAACUGCUAGAUUGCUGAUAAAUAUAAACCCAAAUUUUCAGAGGUGUAGAUACAGAAAUAUAUAUUUUAGAACCAGAGUUGAGCAGCUGCCUGUAUUAUAUAUUAAAUAUGAAUGAAUAAAGGUACAGUGGCUUUCAGUUUGUAUGUUUAAAGGUAAAUCUAGAUAAAAGAGAAGGAAAUCACACACAAAUACAAAACCUACAUGUCCAUGUCCCAUCUCUUUCAACACAAAAAUACUUGUAUCAUUCCACCAGCAAGUCUACUCGAUAUUUUUUUUUAUAAUUAGUGUUUAUUGUUCUGAUUCUAUACCAGUGACUUCAGGUGAUAUUCAGGUAUGCUAUACUGUCUUUCAAGUCAUUUUAUGUAAUAAAAAGUUACUCUGGGAUUGUGGUAAUGAAAGUGUGAUUUUAGAGGAACUGUCUAGAAAGCAUUGUUGCAUGAUUACAUUGUAUGUAUUACAAUAUGAUCCUCAUGUAUAUUAAACUGCUUGUGCUAGUAAGAUAUAGACAAAGUCAUCAAGAAAUAGCUUCUGGAAAAGUAUUAAUUAUUAAGCUCUUGCAAACAUCCUUAGCUUUUUUUCCUAAAAAUUAAGCACAAUGAUGAUGAUGACACAGCAUUUAUAUAGUGCCAUGUUUUUGUUUUCACAAGUUUGGUGGAUUUGGGAAGAAUGUCACUUAAGAUUUGCUGAGUCCUGUUGUGAGCAAUCUUAUUUCUACAUACUGUUAUGACUGGGGUUGUUUGAAUCCAGUGAAAUCAAAAGUGCCUGAGACAAUAUGUGUUUAUAAUAGUUUUGGAAAUACUGUAUAAAUGAGAUCCCAAGCUUUGUAAAUAGAUGCGAUAUAGUUUUUACAUGAUUGUAAUCAUAUACAAAGUAUCACGUUUAGCUGUAGCAGAUUAUGUUUUCAAUAAUAUUUGUUCAUAUUAUAAUCAACAUUCUUUCAGAUCAAUUUUUGUGACAAAAUUUGUUUAAAAAAAGUUUUACCAUAUAUGUUUGUUAGAAUUGUAAUCCUGUGGAAUAAACAGACGCUGGAUUACAUGACCCCUUAGAUAACUGCCGUCCUGAUUUAGAUAUUAUUAGUGUACCACCUGCUGUAAGUGUUUUUGUACCAAUUUCAUAAAACAUUGAAGUCUUUAUCACGUUUGAUCAACUUUUGUUAAUAACGUCAAAUUCUACUGAAUAUCAAUUUGUAUUUUCUUCAACAGAUACUUCCGUCCAGUCAGUUAUCAAACAUUUGUACAUAUAUCAUGCUCGAAGGGGCAACAUUGUAAAUAGAAAGGUCUAG